AUGGAACAAAUUGAUAAAAUAGAAAUACUUCUAAGAGAAUAUUCAUAUUUAGCAAUGGGAAAAAUAAGAGAGGUAGAAAUAUUAUUAAAGUCAUCAAGAUUAUUUGAAAAUAUACCAAAACAAUACCACGAUCAAUGUGUAGUUGGUUUAUUUGCCAUUUCAAUUAUUUUAGUUUCCUUAAUGUUUUCAUUAAUCUUUAAAAAAGGUUCAUCAAAUAAAAAAAAACAACUUUUUAUAAAGAAAACACAAAAUAAACAGCAAACACCAAUUAAAUCACCAAUUAAACAACAACAAACUCCAAAUAAGAAACAACAAACUCCAAAUAAACAACAUCAACAAACUCCAAACAAAAAUCAAACUCCAAAUAAAAAUCAAACUCCAAAUAAAAAUCAAACUCCAAUCAAAUCACCAAAGGUUUCAUCAAAUAAAUUUGAAUACCCAGAAGAUGACCAACAACACGAAGAAUAUAUUUCACCUGAAAAACCAGCCGCUCGUAAAGCUAAAACUCCAUCAAAGAAUAAAUUGAACAUGUGCUUUAGUCCACCAACUGAUGCCACUCGUAAGAGAGUACCAGUAACUAGAUUUGCCACCGAUGCUUCAAUCAAUUCUAAAAAGAAAUAUUCAAAAUAA